GUCUCUUUUUGUUUGUAUAAUUACUUUGGUCUGGCCGCCAUGAAAAUUUAUUCGGAGUUAUGAUUGUUGUUGUGAAAAAAUUAUAUCGUUAUUUAAGUAUACCAUGAAACCCAGAAGAGCAAUUCAGAAAAUGUUCAGUUACGGGCUACUUAAUCGAGCCAAAUCAGUUACCUUCUCUACCAUCACAUUUGCCGCCUUAAUCUUCAUCAUCUAUGAAGAUAGUAUUAUCUCUAAUGUUUCUGUGCAGUCUGCUAGGGGAAUUUCAGAGAGGCUACAGAGCAAAGUUGGAGAAUUCAAGGCAAUACCAUUGCUUUCUUUUCAAGAAGUGAUCGAAAAAGCUGAUACAAUUAGUGAUCAGAGGCCUCUGAAACCUCCUUUUAGUCUCACCGAAGAAGAAAGAAUAGCAUGGUUCAAAAAGACACUACCCAAGUUUGAGAUUUUCAAGUCAGACAAAUUGACACAGAAAUUUCACAGCCGUGUUCUUGAUUUUUUCAAUCAUGAGUGUGAGGUUCAGGCAUUCAUGACAUGGAUUUCUCCAGCAAGGUCUUUUGGAAGAAGAGAAUCUUUAGCUGUGGAAUCAUUUUUCAAAGUUCAUCCUCAUGGAUGCAUGAUGAUUCUAUCGAGAACUCUGGACUCUACAAAUGGGUACAGGCUCCUGAAACCAAUACUUGAUAGAAAGUUCAAAGUUGUUGCAGUGACUCCAGACUUGUCGUUUCUGUUCAAGAAUACUCCAGCUGAAGCUUGGUUCAAUGAAAUGAAGCGUGGAAAUAAGGAUCCUGGUGAGAUUCCACUAGCUCAAAAUCUAUCCAAUCUAAUGAGGCUUACUGUUCUAUACAAGUAUGGAGGUGUGUAUUUGGAUACAGAUUUUAUUGUUCUAAAAAGUUUCAAAGCGUUGAAAAAUUCUAUUGGAGCACAAAGCGUGAAUAAUGAGUCAGGGAACUGGACUAGACUCAAUAAUGCUGUUCUGGUAUUUGACAGGAAUCAUCCACUUCUUUUCAGAUUCAUAGAGGAGUUUGCAGCAACUUUUGAUGGGAAUAAAUGGGGUUAUAACGGUCCCUACCUUGUUUCCAGAGUAGUUCAAAGAUUUGAAAGAAAGCCUGGUUUUAACUUGACAAUCCUGCCGCCAAUGGCGUUCUAUCCAGUUGAUUGGAACAGAAUAGUAGGGCUCUUCAAGAUGCCAGAAAACCAUGCGCAUUCGAGAUGGGUAAGUGCGAAGCUGCGUCAGCUAAGUGGAGAGACUUACGGGGUACACUUGUGGAACAAGCAAAGUAAAAGAAUUAGAAUCGAAGAGGGAAGCGUCAUGGGAAGAUUAAUAUCCGAUCAUUGCAUCGUUUGUGAAGACAUUUACAGUUCUUAAAGAAGAUUUUUCAACUGAAAAAUGGUGAAGCUAGUUCAAUCAUUUUACUUGAUUUCUAGAUUUUUUUUGUUCCUUUGUUUCUUGAUUUUGAUUCGUGAUCCCAAUGUAAAUUAAAUGUACAAUAUGAUUGUGAAUCUUAUUCAGGUGAAAGAAUUUGCGAAGAUUUACUUUCUUCCAAUACAUAUCUGUAUGUUGUAUAUGAUUGUUUCCUUUGUUCAAAAUUUGAUUUCAAGGCUACAAAAAAGCAUUAAAUCUUUCUUCCAAAAAUCAUAAUCCUGAGCCGUCUUAAUCUCAACCUAAAUCUAAAGCCUCUGCAUAUCCAUAAACCAAAACCUGGCAAUCUCCUGUAUGAUUUUUUUCUUCUCAAUUUGCGGUAGCUCAUUUUUGGCUUCAUAUUCUUGAAGCCAGACUCUUCAUUCUUGAAACUACCAUCCGAUGCAAAAUUACUUCGUUCAUCGUUUCUGAGACCACUGGAGGAUCCAAUCUGCUUAAUA